AUGCAAAAAUUCCAGAAAUUUCUAGGCACCGUCUCAAAGCAACCUUAUGUACCACCACAACCGCUAACAUGUGGCCAAAAGGUGAAACGAUGGUUUCGAAAGUAUUUCCUAGAAGGGCAGUACCUGGACACGGAAGCAGAGGCCGAAUUGCACACACUACCGGAAAACCCUACACUGGAGGACCUGAUCUUCAUCAAAUACAGAAAAUUCGUUGCCAUGCUCAUUCCGUUCGUCCUUAUGCAGACCGUUUGGUGGAUGGUCGCUAUCCGAUACAACUUCUUCCGAUGGUAUCCUGAAUACUGGCAUAUGCCGGUGACGAUGAUCCUUGGCUCCUUUGUUGGAGGUAGGAUAACAUCAGAAGGAAGUGGAGCGGUGGCUUUUCCCGUGAUGACGUUGGCCUUACAUAUUUCGCCAUCAAUAGCCAGAGAUUUCUCACUUAUGAUCCAAUUUCUUGCCGGUAUGACCUCGGCACUGAUGUGUGUGCUAUUUAUGAAAGUGAAAAUCGAAAAUCGUGCUGUUGUAUUCGGCACGCUCGGAGGCAUUCCCGGUUUUAUAAUCGGUGUACAUUUUAUCGAUCCGUUAUUCACUGGAUCUCAGAAGAAAAUGAUGUUCGUGGCGAUUUGGACAUCCUUCGCCAUUGCCCUGGCAAUUCUCAACUCGCACAAAAAAACGCAAAACAAUUCAAGGAAAUCCCAGAAUUUCUACUGGUGGAAAGCUGUUGUGCUGUUCUUACCGGAUUUGUUGGAGGUCAGCACCGUCUCAAAGCAACCUUAUGUACCACCACAACCGCUCACAUGUGGCCAAAAGGUGAAACGAUGGUUUCGAAAGUAUUUCCUAGAAGGGCAGUACCUGGACACGGAAGCAGAGGCCGAAUUGCAUACUCUACCGGAAAACCCUACACUGGAGGACCUGAUCUUCAUCAAAUACAGAAAAUUCGUUGCCAUGCUCAUUCCGUUCGUCCUUAUGCAGACCGUUUGGUGGAUGGUCGCUAUCCGAUACAACUUCUUCCGAUGGUAUCCUGAAUACUGGCAUAUGCCGGUGACGAUGAUCCUUGGCUCCUUUGUUGGAGGAAUAACAUCAGAAGGAAGUGGAGCGGUGGCUUUUCCCGUGAUGACGUUGGCCUUACAUAUUUCGCCAUCAAUAGCCAGAGAUUUCUCACUUAUGAUCCAAUCUUGCGGUAUGACCUCGGCACUGAUGUGUGUGCUAUUUAUGAAAGUGAAAAUCGAAAAUCGUGCUGUUGUAUUCGGCACGCUCGGAGGCAUUCCCGGUUUUAUAAUCGGUGUACAUUUCAUCGAUCCGUUAUUCACUGGAUCUCAGAAGAAAAUGAUGUUCGUGGCGAUUUGGACAUCCUUCGCCAUUGCCCUGGCAAUUCUCAACUCGCACAAAAAACGCAAAACAUUCAAGGAAAUCCCAGAGUUUUACUGGUGGAAAGCUGUGGUGCUGUUCUUUACCGGAUUUGUUGGAGGAGUGUUCGACUCGUUCGCUGGUUCUGGUGUGGAUAUUUGCAUCUUCUCGAUUCUCACAUUGCUUUUCCGAGUAACCGAAAAAACAGCAACACCCACCACUGUCGUACUUAAAGGAGUUAACGCCGUCAUCGGCUUCUUCUAUCGUGCCGUCAUGAUGGGUGAUAUCUCCGAUAUGGCAUGGAAGUAUUUUGCGCUUUCGGUACCUGUGGCGGCCGUCUCGGGACCAGUGGGCAGCUUCCUCGGCUCUCAUCUCCACCGACAAGUAAUAGCUGCCUUUGUGUACAUAUUGGAGGUGGUCGCCCUGAUCGGCUUCCUGCUGACGAAACCUGGUUGGCGAUUGAUUGUCGUAGGAGGUACGUUCUACACCGUCGCUACCGACUCCUCAAUCAAUGCGAUCAAUAUAUCGAUUUUCAGCGGCCAUCAUAUU